GAAUAACUUAACAGCUGCUGCCUGUUGCAAUUUUUAUUCAACUUCACCAACUUCUCUUUUUUGCCUGUGGCAAUAUUACUUAGUGGAUUGGCGCCUGACGCUGCAAAAUGCAAUUAGCCCACAUUGGAACAGGCAGAAAAUAAUAUAUUAUUACAUGAACCCAAAAAGUAUCAUUCUUCCAAAUGUUUUGCCGCCAAGUACACAUAUAUAUAUAUAUAUAUAUAUAUAUAUAUAUAUAUAUAUAUAUAUAGUGUGUGUGUGUGUGUGUGUGUGUGUGUAUAUAUAUAUAUAUAUAUUUAUACACACUUAACAAACCAACUCUACACUUGCAUGUUUGCAUAAAGCAGUGCCAUAUUGAUUAGAAAACAGUUCUAAUCAUGAAAAACUUGUCACCAAGUGACACAAUUUUAAUAGAGAUAAGCCAGAUGUUUAUGUUUAAUUUAGAUAUGAUAGAUACAUUUUUAAAAGUAUGUUGUUUUUGAAUAGUGGUCUUCUGUAUGGAUCACCAUUUCAUUGUUUGUACAAGUACUUCUCAGAAUAUUAUAAAGGUAACAAAUGUACCAUAGUUUUAGUUAAGUUUGCAAAUGAGUGUGUUAGAUCUCAAGAGGAGAAACAUUGUGGAAAUUUGGGUUUAAAUGAAACAGUUGAUAAUUGAUGCAGCUGAACCUUCUUCAUCUCCAGGGACUGAGAUAAAAAAAAAAUGUCUGGGACAGUGAAAAGAAUUGAUAUCUACUAACUAAUGCUCAGCUAAAAAUAUGAAAUAUGCAUGCACAGGCAUUUUUGACUAUGAUAGUUAGUCUUAGUUUUAUAUUUAAACAAGGAAAACCCAACAUUGCUGCAAACUCAAAAGCAUAUAUUUUUGCAAGGCUUCUGCUUACUUCUUUGUAGAACAGUAAGCUUGGAGGUCUUAAGUUUGAGUGAAUAACUUUCUACUGUGUUUGUACUGCCAUUAUUACAAAGGCGCAAGAUGGGUUUAUAUAUGACACACUGAUCAUGUUGUUUAUUUAGUGUACAUAAAUUCUUAUUGUGGUCAUUAAUCAUCACUAAGGUUUACUGCAUUGUUGACUUCUUUUUGAUGUGUUGUCAUGCAGAAAAGAAUAAGAGCUAUGGAUAAUGACAGUGAGGCCUUGCAGCUGAUGUAACAUAAAUGCACAAGCAUCUUGUUUCAAUGAUGUUUCUGCCUUUCGAAUCUGUAUGGAUUUGAACUACUAUUUGUUUGCUAAAAGCUGAUACCAAUAAAUUAUAGAUGGAGAGAAAUGUCAGAUUUCAUCUUAAUGUUGUCUUUUUGUCUACCCCCACGCAGAUGCAUUCGAUACAGAGAUUUUUUAAUAUAUAUUUCAUGCUGUUUGAUCCUCGCGUUGAUGUCAGCGUAUCUGAGCACUUAGCCAGUUCCAUUAGCAGUAUUUUGUGUCCCAUUAGUCAGUAAAUGUGUCACACCUGCAUAGUGGGGAUUAUAAUCCUGAUAGCAGCCUUGUGCAACACCUAUAAAACCCCCUUCUGGCUAAUGCACCACAUGCUAACAAGGCAAAUACAGAGCUCUAAUGGAAGCGAGCAGCAGCAGAGUGAUGGUGCAGGUGUUGUUGUUGGCAUUGGUGGUUCAGGUCACCCUGUCCCAGCAUUGGUCCUAUGGAUGGCUACCAGGUGGAAAGAGGAGUGUGGGAGAGCUGGAGGCAACCAUCAGGAUGAUGGGCACAGGAGGAGUGGUGUCUCUUCCUGAAGAGGCGAGUGCCCAAACCCAAGAGAGACUUAGACCAUACAAUGUAAUUAAUGAUGUUUCCAGCCAUUCCGACCGCAAGAAAAGGUUCCCUAAUAACUGAAGAGGUGUAAAAAAAAAAAAAAAAAAAAGAUAGAAAGAAAUAAAAGGAAAGGAAAAAGAAAAAGAAAAAGGAAAGGAAAACACAGACUGUAUUUACAUCAUCGUCAACAACAGUGACGGAUUGCAUGAGUGCUGGAUGCAGACUUCAACAAACCAUCACAUUUAUUAGACACAUUAAUUAUAUAUCUGUUACAUUUAAACCCAUGUAUAAUUGUAAUAAACUUUUUGAAAUCUGA